AAGAGGCAACUGCUUUUAAAAAAAAGAAACAAAAACUGUGCGCAGGUGGUGCUAAUUACUCAGACAGUGCUGACAGGAGCUCCUGGCCGCAGUGAAAUAUCUGUUACAGUACAGACAGACAAUGUCUGGAUAUUUACACAAGCACUGAGCGGGUAAGCCUUUAAAUAAUGCUCUUCUUCUCGUAACCUCCCCACACAGUAUGAUGCCCCAAGUCCUUUUUUAAUCUGAUGUUUUUGCUUUAAAGAAAAGUAUUUGACUUUGCUGUUGUAAUCCUAGCUUGUGUUGAAGCUUUCCCUUUAAGAGUUGUGCUCAGUAAGAAUUACUCAGCAGUUUGUAACCCCGCCCCCUCCCUGGUGUUCCGAGUCGCAGUCACUGGAUCCCUUUCACUGUUCUGCACGCUUCUGCUUUGCAGAUAAUAGGAGGGCAGGCUCAGACACUCAUCCAUACGCAUUUCAUAGAAGGGGUUGUCUUGCAUUGCGCUGUUUGAACACAUUAGCGGACAUGCUGCUUGUGAAAGACCGAAUCCUCCCCAAUGAUCUCUGUGUAACCGUCCCAGUGGUGAUUAUCGGGAAUGGCCCCUCUGGGAUCUGCCUGUCUUACUUGCUGUCGGGAUACACCCCUUACUUAGCCCCAGGAGCGACUCACCCAAACCCUCUCUUACUGAGAAAGCUGGAGGAGAGGCCGGAUGUGUCUCUGCUGGAACAGGAUCUCGAAUACCUUUCUGAAGGUUUGGAAGGCAGGUCCUCGAACCCAGCCGCGGUCCUCUUCGACACGCUGCUGCUGCCGGACGGGGAUUUCGGACAGGACUGCGCCUCCGCGCUGCAGUGGCGACGGGAGCGCGAGCGGAGCGUCCCGCACCUGGUGCUGGGGAAGGGGCCCCCUGGUGGAGCGUGGCAUGCCAUGGAGGGUUCCAUGCGGACCGUCAGCUUGGCAAACUGGAUGGAGCUGCCUGGCCUGAAGCUCAAAGACUGGGUCAGAGACAAACGCAGAAAUCUGCGGAACGACCGGGCCACCCCUGCUGAGAUCGCCUCGUACUACCAGCACUUUGUGUCGGAGACGGGCCUGCAGAGCAACUUCGUGAGUCACACGGUGGUGACGUCCAUGCGAAGGGCGCUCCGCAGCGAGGGGGGGCGCCGCUCUGUGGACCCGGAGCACGGAGAGCGUCCCGGGACCACCUGGGAGGUGCGCGGAUACCAGAAGAGCCGCGAGGGCCUGGAGCUGCCCUUCGCGGUGAGCGCGGAGAACGUGGUGCUGGCCACCGGCACACACGACAAGCCCGCCAGGCUGGGGGUAGAGGGGGAGGACCUGCCCUUCAUCUGCCACAGCUUCUGGGAGUUCGAAGCCGCCAUCGCCAGGGGCCAGGUGGACCAGCACUCGGACCCGGUUCUGAUUGUGGGGGCCGGGCUGACCGCUGCGGACGGCGUGCUGACCGCUCACCACCUCAACACCCCCGUCUGCCACGCCUUCCGCCGGGCUGUCACUGACCCCGCCCUCAUCUUCAACCAGCUGCCCAAGGUGCUGUACCCCGAGUACCACAAGGUGCACCAGAUGAUGCAGCAGCAGCAGCAGCAGCAGGAGGUGGACGGGGGCUUCACGGGGUCCUACCCGGGCUACGUCAGCUACCCCAAACACCGCGUCGUGGCUUUCAAACCUGACCACAAGUGCGUGCUGGAGGGGGCCGGGGGCCGGCUGGUGCUGAAGAUAUCCAUGGCGCUCGUGCUCAUAGGAGCUCACCCUAACCUCUCCUUCCUCCAGGACAGCGGCAGGUACCUGGGCAUCGACCCCCAGCAGCCCAUCUCCUGCCGGGGAAAUCCAGUGGACGUCCACCCCUUCACCUACGAGUCUGUGCAAGAGCCCGGCCUCUUCGCCAUGGGCCCCCUGGUCGGGGAUAAUUUCGUGCGGUUCCUCAAAGGAGGGGCCCUGGGCAUCGCCAGCACACUCUCAAAGCGCAGCAGCAAGGAGGGGGGUCUGUCUGAGGACAGCUCAGGACAGGCGGGCUCUUGCAGCUCAUUGGACACAUAGGAAGGAAGGACGGAAGGGACUUUGGAAGAGUCUGGGAUCGCUGGAAUGCAGCAGUCCGAGGGGAGCAGUGCAGUGCGCAGAGUCGAUGGUCUUUCGCUGAUCUCUCAGUGCAGAGCAGGAGGAGGACUGCUGGAGUCGAAUGAAAGUCUCCUUCCUCCAGCACAUCAGUGAUGGCCAUUUCAUACAGAGAAGAACCGUCGGUUCCUAUUUAGUUGAAUGUUUUUCUGUGUUGUAAACCGUCUUUUAUCUUGAUUUGUGGGGUGGGGCUGCUGUGUCCUCUGUGUGUAACAGCCUUUAAAAACAGAAACGUUACUCAGAAAGGAGUAGCAAGGAAACCAGCAGUGCCCUGGGAUCUCCUGCAUUUCCUGUCCCUCCAGCAGUGUCCUGGGAUCUCCUGCAUCUCCUGUCCCUCCAGCAGUGCCCUGGGAUCUCCUGCAUCUCUUGUCCAUCAAGCAGUGUCCCGGGAUCCCUUGCAUCUCCUGUCCAUCCAGCAGUGUCCUGAGAUCUCCUGCAUCUCCUGUCCCUCCAGCAGUGUCCUGGGAUCUCCUGCAUCUCCUGUCCACCUCCUUUGGUGCCAGCACAGCUGAGCUUGUUGUCCGUUAGCCCUGCUAUGGAUUACAGGAGGUGCUGAUAGAGUGUGAUCAGCAGAAUAAUUGCUAAGUGAGAAUGUCUUCCUGGUAAACAGACACCAGGGGUGUGAGUGUGUCAGUUUGAAGCAGGCGUCUCUCAUUGAUUCCUUCUUUCUCUAGUACUCUUCAGGGCAGUCCGUGUCAGAGAACAUAUUCACUCUGAAAUAAAGAACUCCUCCAGCUCGUCUCGUUCCUACGGUGCUGGGUGUGUUUUUGUAAUCUUGCCAUCAGAAAAGCUGCUCAUUUCUGUCAGUUUACUCAAGGCUGGUGUUUAUUUUUUUUUUUCAAGACUCUUCUUGAGUUGUAAACAGUCGAAAGACAGAUCCUUCGUGUCUGGUGCAAUAAGUUUGUUGUCCAGUGCAGUAGAUGGUAGUUGAGUCUGAAUCUGUGCCAAUUCCAGUGCCUGUAUUUGGUGAUGCCUACAAUAACAUGGAACAAAACAUCUUGUAUUGUAUAUGUGUAUGUAUCUUGUAUGUGAGGAGGCUGUGUGGUCCAGUGGUUAAAGAAAUGGGCUUGUAACCAGGAGGUCCCCGGUUCAAAUCCCACCUCAGCCACUGACUCAUUGUGUGACCCUGAGCAAGUCACUUAACCUCCUUGUGCUCCGUCUUUCGGGUGAGAUGUAAUUGUAAGUGACUCUGCAGCUGAUGCAUAGUUCACACACCCUAGUCUCUGUAAGUCGCCUUGGAUAAAGGUGUCUGCUAAAUAAACAAAUAAUAAUAAUUUUGGCUUGAGGAGACAAAAGCUGAGAUUUGUUCUCUAUUCGUAAUAAAUGUAUAUUUUUAUAUUAAUUAAAAAAAAAA